AUGUUAUGGGUAGAAUCAGUGAACCUUUGGGGAGAAGAAGGCGAACAUAGUAAUAUGGGUAAGGUUAAGCUUCAAGGUACAAGAUUUUUGCACACAGAUGAACUGACUUUUUUGGAUGAUUCCAUGGUGGUUUGUACCUUGGAAGCCUUUGAAGAUGGACCGCUUAAAGGCUUUUCCGUUGAUAGAUUCGUUUCUAGAUACUAUCUCUUCAUUGGAAUCUCAAGAUCCGACGGAGUACUAUGUGGGCGGCCUGCGAGUCUUGUCACCAGCGCUUCCGAGCUUGUUAAAACUUUCGUGAAACUUGCAAGAGCCGCUCCCGGAGGAGUUUCGGUUUCCGGUUCGGAAAGAUGUGCACAGAGAUUUGCCUCAAGGGAAAGAACUAUUCUUUACUACCUCUACAGAACUAAUAGACAGUAG